CUUUAUUUUGCUAUGAACCGUGACAACUCGAAGUCCGUACUUCUCCAAACAUUGUUUUGAUUAUGUUGAGACAACAUUGCAACUUGUAUGUAAACUAAUAAUAUACAACCAUUUUUCAUUGUAGGAACUUUCGGUAUUAUUACCUUUUAUGCACAGGGUUGUUAUUGUUUUCUUUUUGCAGGUAAAGAGGUAAUGCACUUUCAGGGAAAACGGGAAUCCACAGAAUCGUUACUUUCUGGUGAGUCAGACUUUAUAAUAGAGCAUGAACCUGAUAGACAUUCCUUAUUAUCCAAAUGGGGUCUAAGUUUUAAAUAUUUCAAAACUGAUGAUCGAGUUCAAGAAACCUUUCAAGCGUUCAGAGAGAAAGAAAGUAUAGACAAUAGUAAUUGGUCCGUUUUAUGGAGGCUCUGGAACGCAGGUCAUUCUUGGUUUAUCGUCUGUAUUAUAGGGGUUAGCAUUGGGGCAUCAGCUUAUAUGCUAAAUGUGAUUACUUCAUUCCUUUCUGAUAUAAGAAGAGGAUAUUGUUCUUCCAGCUGGCUCUUCAAUGAAAAGUUUUGCUGCAUGUACAGUGAAGAAGCAGGUACCGCUUGUACUACUUGGAUUCAAUGGAAUGAUUCUUUCAUUUUAAAUUAUUUGAUUUACACGUUAUUUGCUCUGGUUUUCAUUAUUAUAUCAGCAGUUGCUGUCAGAGAUCUCUCUCCGCUGGCUGCAGGCAGUGGAAUUUCAGAAAUUAAGUCAAUAAUCAAUGGGUUUUCUAGGGACGAAUUUGUUUCUUUUCGUGUUUUGUUAGUCAAAUGUGUUUGCUUACCGCUUACCAUUGCAAGUGGUCUUUCAGUUGGCAAAGAGGGACCGAGUGUACAUUUAGCGACAGCUAUGGGUCAUUUUAUAGCUUCUGUUUUUAGAAGGUUGAAAUUACAUUCAGUAAGCUUUCGCGACAUAUAUGUGUCCUCCGCUGCUGCCGGCGUAGCUGUUGCUUUUGGAUCCCCCAUUGGUGGUGUAUUGUUUGGCAUUGAGGAAAUGGCUUCUGGAUACACUUCUAAGAUGAUUUGGUAUACUUUUUCAUGCUGUCUGUUUGCUGUUGCAACCUUACAUUUGCUAAAUCCAUUUCGAACAGGCCAACUUGUUCUUUUCGAAGUCCGUUAUUCUGGCUCUUGGCAUUUUUUUGAAUUUCUGUACUUUUCGAUUCUUGGCAUUUUUGGAGGGUUGUAUGGCGAGUUUGUUAUGAGGCUUUUCAUUAAGAUUCAGAAGUGGAGGAAAGUCUUCGUUGAUAAAUGGCCAGUGAUGGACGCUUCUAUCAUUGUAAUAGUUACUGCAUUAGUCAGCUACCUUAAUACUUGGUUGAAAUUAGAUAUGACCUUAGGUAUGGAGCUUUUAUUUCAAGAUUGCAAAGCUAUGAAUACUCCCGAAUUGAACGAUCUGUGUAAUUCGAGUAAUGAGGGAAAAAACUCACUAAUUUUGUUAACCUCAACCUUACUAAGGAUGAUUUUUGUUGCAUUUUCAUAUGGUGUUAAAGUACCUGCCGGCAUUUUUGUCCCUUCCAUGGCUGUUGGAGCUACAUUUGGGAGAAUGGUUGGAUUAUUUGCUGAUAUACUUUAUAGAAAAUUCCCAAACCUUUCUAUUUUUUCUGCAUGCCACGGAUCUGGUUCAUGUAUAACGCCAGGAACGUACGCCCUUUUAGGGGCUGCCGCAAGUUUAAGUGGUAUGAUGCAUUUGACUAUGACUGUUGUUGUCAUUAUGUUUGAAUUAACCGGAGCUUUGAAUUUUAUCCUCCCUACCGUUCUCGUGGUUGCUAUAGCUAAUUCUGUGGGUGCUUUAUUUGGCCGACAGGGCAUAGCAGACAGAAGCAUCAAGCUCAAUGGGAUUCCUUUUCAAGAAACAAAUAAUAUAUAUUCUGAACAUGAAGAUAUUUUCUUUCCGGUGACAACGAUCAUGUCAAAGAAUAUAAUAGCCAUACCAUCAAAUGGAAUUACGUGGAGAUGGUUAUUUAGAACUAUGAAAAGUUAUCCGUUCAGUGGAUAUCCUAUAGUUAAUAAUACGAAGUCGUUUGAACUGAUUGGUUAUAUUAAGAGGAGUUCAAUUAUGUUAGCAUUUGAAGAAAUAAAAAAAAACCCGACCUUUACCUAUGACCAAGGGAUUUAUUUUAAAGAUUUUUCACCGAUGGAUGAUAUGGUUGAGAACUCUUCCGGCUCACAUUCAAAUGGUUUUAAUUUAUCAUUUUACAUGGAUUUACAACCAAUUAGUGUUUUAUACAAUCAGUCAGUGUCAAAUGUUAGUACUCUCUUUCAGGCUCUCUGUCCAAAAGUUAUACACGUUGAGAAAGAUGGAGUUUUAAUAGGAUUAAUAACACGGAAAGAUCUGUUAUUAACGAAGCCCUACUUAGAAAGUAUUAAUCAGUCAGUUUCAUCAACUCCAAGGACCGAAAGCAUUCCGCUGCAUGAAUUGGAAAAUAGUGAACAUGACAAAGAUAUAGAGCUACAAGUUUUAAAAUCAUAGAAUUAAGAUCUCAAUUAAAAUUUGUAAAAAAGAGAAAAUUGUUUAGUAGCAAUAUGAGAAAAAAAAUUAAAGAAGG